CUGCGCGUGCCCCCGUGUGAUUCCCAUCUGUGGGCGGUACCACGAGCAGCGGCUCAUCGUUCUUCAUAUUUUAGAAUGUUCUGUUAAUAAAUCCGCAAAAAAAUAAAAAUAAAAAAACAGAACUGGGUUCUCCGAACGUCUGCGAGGAUAUUUUACUCCAUCCGGGUAAAACCGCCACAGCCGAGCGCCGAGUCGGGACCUGUGCCCCCCUCUUCCCGCACUGUCAUCAUGGGUGAGGUGGAGCUCUCCUGUCGGGCUUACGUCAAGAUGUACCUGCACGCGUGCCUGUACCCGCGGGGCAGCAUCAACGGCCUGCUGUUGUCCUCGAGCUCGGCAGAGGGCGCUGUCUGCGUGACGGACUGCGUGCCGCUGCGUCACUCGCACCUGCCGCUGGCCCUGCCCACACAGGUGGCGCUCACACAGGUGGACGCCUGGUGUUCCCAGACGCAGCAGAGGAUUGUGGGAUAUUACCAAGCAAAUGCUUGUGCAUCAGACAGUAGCCCGACGCAGUGCGCCCUGAAGAUCUCGGACAAGAUCGCCGAGCAGUUUGACGGCGCCGUUCUGUUGAUGCUGGACGGCAGCAAGAUGCCUCCGGACUAUCGGGUUCCUCCCAUCGUGAUGUACGAGCGCAAAGACUCCAGGUGGAUCCUGAAGGACAAACACAUGAUCAUGCUCCGACAGUGGGAGGAGACUCGGGCGAUCGCCUCCCAGAUGCUGGAGGCGGGCGAUCACGCUCUAUUGGUGGACUUUGACAGCCACUUGGAUGACAUCACAAAGGACUGGACCAAUCAGAAACUCAACGCUAAGAUUGCGGAGCUGUCCUCGCCCCCCAACGGGAACAUUUAGCCCCGGAGGGGGCCUCCAUUAUUUCUGUGUUCAACCCACCCCCUCCCAAGCAGGGACAUCUUUCUUUCAAAGGUGUGGGGGCCACAGACUGACCUGUUGGUACAUCCCAGUCUUCCACCCCCCCCCUCUCCUGAGUUUGCUUGUGGUCCAGUCCCGCCCCCACCCGACCAAACUAACUUAAAGUCACUUUUAACCCUGCA